CUACAUUACCCACAAUCCCUUCCGUCUCAUUUCCUGUCUGGGUUACACGUAGCAUCGCCGCUGUGUUUCGGAGCUUCAGUGCAGGAAAAAUAACUCUAAAAACGGCGUUUAAAGAAUCAGUUUUAUGGUUUACAGUUAUUAUUCGCUUUUAUUAACCCGUCCUUCCUAUAAUGGCUGUAUUCAGCCGUAUGUGUAGGCCUAGCUAGGUCAUCGGGAUAGUUAGCAGGGGCUUGUGUUGUUUAUAUUCAGAGAUGUAUACUUUAUUAUCAGGUUUAUAUAAGUACAUGUUCCAGAAGGAUGAGUUCUGUAUCCUCAUCCUGGGACUGGAUAAUGCGGGGAAAACGGUGAGUACAUUCAUAUAUCGGCUUAUUUUGGUUUAUCACUGCCGUUUAAACUCGACUGUUUUUGCUAAUAGCUGUGAUAUUUCAGCACGUUGCUUCUGUUAUCCCUUCAUCUUUCACAAAAUAACUGUCUUUUCUCACAGUUCUUUGUUUCGUUAGAACAAAGCGGUCAAUCUAAACUUCACUGCUAAACCGUCCACCUGAGAUUCUGUUGCACGCCUAUUCUUUUAAUGACUGUAGCCACUGUAGGUGAAGCAUAGCUGUGUCCGAAAUGGAAAAACUCAAUCCCUAACCCCUGACCCCCAUAUGGAAUUUCACUAUGGCCGUGUCUCAUUUCAGAAACGGCACCUUCGAACGGCGCAUUCGAAGUGUGCGUGAGGUCAUCACGCGGCACGAACGGUGUCCCAUUUGGCACGGAAUGCAAAGCGCGCUUCAAAUUCGGUCUCAAAACCACACUACCCCCGCCCCUUUUCCGAGCGUGCAUUUAUGCCAUAGACUGUAUACGCUAUGGACAACCUGGUUCCGCCUACCGCCUGUAUAAGGAUUUGAAGCCAAAAAGCUCUCGGUAUUUCCGGGAUUUUUCUUCAUUUCCUGAAACCAGCGCUGUGCAGUAGCGUUGUGCGCAUUCGGCUGCGCAGUCACAGAGAGUCACUGUGAUGACGCUCUGCUCAAACAGCGUAUCCCACGGGAGAGCUACUCAAUCCCUGAACGCCCAUAGGCUGUAUCAGGUGUCAAUCAAAGAAAACAUGAACCCCCUAAUAACUUUUAAAAACGGAGCUUCACAGAAAAAAGAUGACUUGAGCACAAACCAGUCUUACAAUAACUACAUGUCAACAUCACAAGCAGGGGGGAGAAAAAUUUAUGUUCUGUGUAAUAAAUUUCUAAAGUUGGUCCACAGCCCCGUAAGCUUUGCUGGCGGAGGCAGGAUUUAUGACCUAUACUGCAGCCCAUCAACAGAGGGUGCUGUUCUCGGAGUGGCUUCACCCAGCGAGGAGGCAGACGGCGUCCAUUCUAUAUACAGUCUAUGAUUUAUGCACGCUUUCGUGCCGUUGGUAUCCCAGAAUUCUUUGCGUGCCGCUGUACAGCUGCACAUUUCAGGUGAGAGGCCGGACUCGCUUAGAGACGCAGCGCGUCUUCAAAGAAAAUAAAGGAAAUUCAAAAACAGCAGACAGUCAGCUCCUCAGGCUGCAUGAGCGCAUGAUCUCUUAACUCACUAAAAUCUGCAAACCAAACAUUAUACUCUUUAGAGACGAACUGAUCCGCUCUGCUACCACAAUCAAAAACAUUAGACAUAAGAAAGCUGACAAAACUACAGCAGAGUAUCAUUGACACACUGAGUUUUUUUUUUUAAAGAUUUAGAGAUUAAAGUUGUAAACUUGGGAGAAUAAAGUUAUCAAGUAAAUAAAGUCAUAAAUCUGCUUUUGUGGAGGAGGAAAUGGCUGAAGCUGGUCAUCUGCAGGGUUAUCGGUGAAUGUAUCAUUGGGUCAUUCAGAAAGUUUUUGUGGUUUCUGAAGAAACAAUCCAACUGAUGAUCAACAUUUGCGAUCCAGAGGAAGUCAAGCUCCGAUGAGCACCACGUCUCUGACACCGGCGGUAACCUACACCUGCAGAGACACCAACGCCUUAGUAUGGCAUAUGGAUUCAUAUCAUAAACUAAAGCUCAAUGCCAUUCAUGGAUAUUUACGGCUGCAUUGACAGAUAUAUCCGCAGCAUAUCCAUUUCUGCCGCCACAAAAGCAGCGAUUUCCUUCAAGUACACCUGUUUUUUCCCCCGUGGAAAAGACGUAUUUCUCAUAUAUUCUUUUUUAAGUCUUUAUACUUGUGACAAUGUAAUGCUGAUGUGCCAAAGGAUGAAGUGUAUCCUUGUUUGUGAAACCUAUAAUGAAGCACAGUUCCUUUAAAUACUUCAUGGCCCUAAUUUUAACAACUCUCCUUUGAAAAAACAGGUAACCAUAUGACUUUAUUCUUAUAAAUGAAUGACUUUAUUCUCGUAAAUUCACGAAUUAAAUCUCAAAGUCUUUAAAAAAAAUUCUCAAUAUGGCCCUCAUACUUCUUCAUACAAAACAUGCAAUCACUGGAUGAAUUUUGUGGGAAUGAUCUGUGCUUGUAUAUAUCUACUGUUUUGUAUCUGUGCAAGGUCGCACAAUUAAAAAUAUCUGCUGCGCUCUGAUGGUUUUCUUCAAGUCAGUCAUGACGCGGGUCUGAGGGCGGGGACAUUUGGCGACUCAACCAGGAAUUCCUCUUAGGGGUAGUGUGUUCCAUUUCACAAAAACCGGACCAUCUCACCCAGGGUACUCAAGUCUACAUAACGGCAGCACGCUCAGCCUAAUGUGGUCUCUAAAAUGAGACACAGCCUCAGGGGCGGGGAUAGUGUGGUUUUGAGACCGAAUUUGAAGCACACUUAGCAUUCUGUGUCAAAUGGGACACCGUUUGCGCCGCGUGAUGACCUCACGCACACUUCAAAUGCGCCGUUCGAUGGUGCGGUUACUGAAAUGAGACACGGCCACCCUCAAAAUGGUGCUAACCCUCAUAUAGUCACCGAUAUAGGGGUUAGGGAUCCAUAUCGGACACUGGGGCUGUGUCUCAUUUCAGAGACCGCAUCAGGCUGAGCGCGCUUCGCUGUGUGCACUGCCGUUUUGUGCCCUGAGUGAGAUGGUCCGGUUUUUGUGAAAUGGGACAGACUACCCUUCAGAGGACUUCCUGGUUGAGUCGCCAAAUGUCCCUGCCCUCAGGCUCACGUCAUGACUGACUUGAAGAAAAGCUGCGGAGCGCAACAGUUAUUUUUUAAUUGUGCGACCUUGCACAGACACAAAACAAUAGAUACAUACAAGCACAGAUCAUUUCCACAAAAUUCAUCCAGUGAUUGCAUGUUUUGUAUGAAGGAGUCUAAGGGCCCAUAUUGAGAGUUUUUUAAAGACUUCAAGAUUAAAAUUUUGAAUUUAUGAGAAUAAGUCAUUAAUUUAUGAGAAUAACGUCGUACGGUUCCCUGUUAUUUCAAAGGAGAAUUAGUGCUGGGCGAUAUGGAAAAAAAAUGUAUAUCACGAUAUGGAUCAUUUUAUAUCACGAUAACGAUAUAUAUCACGAUAUAGCUAUGGUAUGCUUUAAGUUCUAGGAAAAAUUAAAGUGUAUACAGCUGCACUAGUACCAGUACAAGACCAGCACUUAAAACUAGAAAAAUGAAUAAAUAAAUACGUGGCUGAAGUGCGUUCAUGUCUGUGCUCACCCAAAGUUAUGCAACACUCACAGAAAACGCCGAUAGUGUGAGCCAAAGCACCCCAUAAUAGUAGUAAUAAUAAUAAUAAUAAUAAUAAUAAUAAUAAAUUUAAUUUGUAAUGCACUUUACAUUUACAAAAAAUCUCUAAGUGCUACAGUACACAGUAAAAAAAGAGCAGCAACAAUAAAAAAAGCAAUAGAAUGACAGUCACAGAUUGGCAUAAAAAAAAGAAUUAAAAAAAUAAAAAAUACAGAGUUGCAAUGUAAGAGGCAAGGUAGUAAAAGCAUAAAGCAUAGAGGAAAACUAACUAAAGGCUUUAUUUAAAAGGUAGGUCUUUGAAGAGGUUGUUCACACUGCUAGAUGUUUCUCCUCCAAAGCUGCUCUCUGCCUCCAUCAUUGUUUACUUUACUCUUGAAGCACGUAGGAAGACCCGAGCAUGAAUCCGAGCGCUUUAUUCGCCUAUCAGGGGCAGACAGGUAAGGUGAUUUGAUUCGCCACGACUCCAGAAAUGAUUGAAAAACUACAGAAUGUCACAAAAUUACGUUUCCUCGCUGCUGGCUUGAAGGGUAGAAAUGCGCAGCCGCGCUCCUAGCUGACAGGAAGUCAAACCACUGUUGUAGUUCUUUUGUGUUGCUAGCGCGGUCAAGAGUGUUGGCUCUCACUGAGAGAUGACUACAAAAAUGGACGCACCUGUUCAUCUGGUUGUUAAACACGGCUGAAAAUGAUCAUCUUUUAAUGUUGUUCCCGCUCCUGCCCACUCCCGUUGCUUUUUUUCCCGUCCCGUCCCGAUCAAGGGAUUAAUUAAAAAAUGACUCCCAUCCCGUGGGAUUCCCGCGGGAAUCACGUGACCCACGAAUUCCCGAAAAAUGUCAUCCUCUACAGGGAAGGUCCCGGAGCAGAUGAAACAGGUGCCGGAGCGGCUGAAAUAGGUCCCGGAUCCGAUCAAAAGAGGUCCCGGAUCGCGCUCUGACUUGCUCCAGCACAAAUUAAGCACUGCUUACAAUGAUCCCCUCACGUGUGUAACCCAGGUAACCCGCAACGGCGGGAGACGCUGGACACGAAGAGGGCACGUAAAGCGGCGUCAUGUCGCAAAAUCGAAAGAGAAAUGCGAGCCUACAUGUCAACGCAUACUUUUCUUUGUAAGAAAAUAUUGUUUUCUUUCCCGUUCGACACCAAAUACACUUACUGAAUGUGCAAUUAUUGUUGUUGUUACUAUGAAUCAUCUGAUGGCACAAGCCCUAUGGAUAAAAUACAGCCUAUCGCCCGAAACGAUAAAAAUAAAAAUGGCACGAUAGACAUUUUCUAUCGUGCCCACGAUAUCUAUCGUCCUAUCGCCCAGCACUAAAGGAGAAUUGUUAAAAUUAGGGCCAUGAAGCAUUUGAAGGAACUGUGCUUCAGUAUAGGUUUCACAAACAAGGAGAUACUUCAUUCUUAAGCACAUCAGCAUUACAUUGUCAUAAGUAUAAGGACUUCAAAAAGAAUAUAUAAGAAAUGCGUCUUUUCCAUGGAAAAAUAAAAACAAACAGGUGGACUUGAAGGAAAUCGCUGCUUUUGUGGAGGCAGGUGUAGGUUACCGCCGGUGUCAGAGACGUGGGCCCAAUCCCAAACUUCCCACACUCGCCCUUCACCACCGAGUGUCACUCGUAAUGAAGUUACACUUGCAGCUGUGGAGUGCGCCUCAAUUGAAAUGGGAGGGUAUAAACUAGGGCUGCAACGAUUAGUCGACGUAAUUGAUUACGUCGACACGACAAAUUAAUCGACGCGAAAACGACGCGUCGUGUUAUUGUUGUUAAGAAUCACAUGCCGGCGCCUCAUGCUCAUCUAUAACUGCAGUGCACUACAGGAUGUGCUGGGGGCAGUAGCGCUCGCUGUUUACAUCCCGCGAGUAAACACAGAAGAAGAGUGCACACAUUAUGGCAGGACAAACCGAAAAAGACGCUCCAAAACGCCGACCCAAAACUUCCAAAGUUUGGAAACAUUUUACGGAGAACAAACCAAAAAAACACGUUGAUCAAAGCUCAGCUUUCCUACAAUGGCAGCACCACGGCGAUGCAUGAGCACCUGAAACGCUGACACCCCGGAAAUAGGUGUUUAUAAACAAAGAAGACAGUGAUUAAUCGUGAUUAAUCGGACGACUAGUCGGACAACUAGUCGACAAAAAAAUAGUCGUUAGUUGCAGCACUAGUAUAAACAAGACGGGCAGGUAUGGGACACCCUCCUCACUCCAUUGGAAAACAGAGAGAUUCAUCGCCAUAGCAACAUAAAGAUGCGUCCUGUGCAAGGCAGCGUUUUAUAAGUAAACAGACAUCAUGUACAGUUCUGAGCCGCACCGGCUGCCUUGUUUCUUCAUCCUCCCAGUAAAAUCAUAAAUCCAGUAACCAUUACAGUGACAGGAGCUAAAUUACACUUCUACGUCUCUGAACCCCUUUGCUAUUUGACAUGUGCCUGCACAAUCAAAACAAAUGUCAGCACAGAGUACAAUUUCAGCGUUUCAUUUGAUCGUUUCAAACCACGUCUUCUGUGAUUUUUUUUUGUUUUUUUUCAGUUCGACAAAGGUGGACACAUACGGAACUUAUAUUUGUAUGUUGUUUCCUCCUCCUCCAUUUUUGCCGGCACACUAACUGCAAAUCCUGUCGUGAGUGAGCAUCCGUGCAGACUCGCUAUUGAAGGGCUGAACAGUCCACUCGCCCUCCUCACUCUGUGGUUUGGGAUUGGGCCAUAGUGCUUGCCGGAGCUCGACUCCCUCUGGAUCACAAAUGUUGAUCAUCGGUUGGAUUGUUUCUUGAAAAACCACAAAAGCUCCCUGAAUGACCUGCUGAUACAUCCACCGAUAACCCUGCAGUUGACCAGUUCAGCCCUUUCCCCCUCUACCCAGGCAGCUUUAUGACUUUAUAUACUUUAUGACUUUAUUCUCCUAAAUUUACUACUUUAAUCUCUAAAUCUCUAAAAAAAAAAAACUUGAUGUGUCCCUGAUACUCUGAUGUAGUUUUGUCAGCUUUCUUAUUUCUAAUGUUUUUGAUUGUGGUAGCAGAGCGGAUCAGUUCGUCUCUAAAGAGUAUAAUGUUUGGUUUGCAGAUUUUAGUGAGUUAAGAGAUCAUGCGCUCAUGCAGCCUGAGGAGCUGACUGUUUUUGGAUUUCUUUUAUUUUCUUUGAAGACGCGCUGCAUCUCCAAGCAAGUCCAGCCUCUCACCCGGAAUGCGCAGCUGAACAGUAGCACGCAAAGAAUUUGCACACUUCAAAUGCGCCGUUCAAUGGUGCAGUCGUUGAAAUGAGACACAUCCAAAGACUGUAUGAAGAAGUCUAUGAGGUGAAGCAGUGAAAUUGGUGUACUGUAAUGAACAAUAUACUGCGCAGUAUCUCAAAAGACAUUUAAAAUGAAAUCACAAAGGAUUAGUUUAGUCCCUGUAGCAGGCACUGAGAUGUGUCAGAGUAUUUAAGUUAUGAGUAAACAAACAUGUUUGUAUUUGUUUAUUGAAAUAAAGCUGGUCACUUUAAAAUGCACUAGAACAAGUAAAUAUGAAGAGUGGACUCGGUAACUUAAAAUACACAGGUCAUCAGAAGGAAACAGGGCUUGGGAUCUGAAAGUGGAUUUGUUUUUAAUUCAGAGGCUUUGGGGGGUGAUUUAAGUAUAGAUGUAUGUAUGUAUGUAUGUAUGUAUGUAUGUAUGUAUGUAUGUGUAUGUAUGUAUGUAUGUAUGUAUGUAUGUAUGUAUGUAUGUUUGUAUGUAAGUACGUACGUACGUACUGGCCAGGGUGGGCAGGAGAAGACCUUAUAUAUGAUUAUUAGCAUAUUCAGGUCAGUGUAUUUUGUAAAGCAUGUUUCAUGACUAUAAACUCAGUGAGUGCUGUAGGACAUUUAACAGCAACAAAGUAAACAAUGAACUUCAGCUGACUCUGGCAGGAUUUUCCAUUUUGUCUGAAAUGAACUCUUUUACCUUGAUAAAUGAAUGUCUCAUGCUUUUAUUAGUGUUUAAUAUCAACUUUAUUAUUAUAACACAUCUUUAAAACCAAUAUUUACUCAGCAGCACUUAGUCAGACAAAGCAAAGGUCUGACCUCAGGAGAAUACCAGAACCAACAGGUGACAGUGAGGCCAGAGAGAGCAGAGCUGAGAUUAUUCAAACAAUUAUGAACAAAAUACAAUGUGCAAAAGGUCAUUAAAGUAAAUGAACAGAUUUAAAUGUUAGACCGAUCCUCAACAACAGCAGGGCCAGAAAUCACAAAUCAGCAAAUAAAGACACAGUGUUGACUCUUUUUAAUGGAGCCUCCUUCAUAGAAGACUUGAUCCGAUUUUACAUCUGCUGCAUCUGUAAACAUGUUGGCUCCGGUCUUCUCUGUUUGUUCCUGAUAAUCUCUCUGCAGACGUUUCUGGAGCAGACCAAAACAAAGUUCAGUAAAAGCUAUAAGGGGAUGAACUUAUCAAAGAUCACUACCACCGUGGGCCUCAACAGUAAGUGCACGUUUGUCACAGUUUACUGCCCAUGGAUCAUGUUUUCAGAGUCCUCCUGUUGUGUACAGUAAACUCAUCUCUGUUCAGCUCCUCUCCACCUGUGAUCUCUCCUGAUGCUGCCUGUUUGAAGGACUUCACCAGGAGUGUAUCUCCUCCUGCUGCUUUCUGAUGUCUCUCUGAUUUCUGGUUCUCCACAGUCGGUACAAUUGACGUGGGGAAGGCUCGGCUGAUGUUCUGGGAUCUGGGCGGUCAGGAGGAGCUGCAGUCUCUGUGGGACAAAGUGAGUCACAAAAACAACAUGUAUAUAUAAUGUGGAUAUUAACCCCUGAGACAGACUCUUUCAAAUCUCCAUUUAGACAAUAUUUCUGAGACACAGGCUUUUAUUCUGAAAGGACACCAGAUCAGGAAAAGGGCUUCAACAUGCAGCUGCUGAAGAACCAGAUUAAAUGUGUGUGUUGGUGUGUUCACCCUCUCUCAUUUCUGCGUGUGCUACUUCUUCUUCAUGUUUAGUACUAUGCUGAGUCUCAUGGAAUCAUCUAUGUGAUUGACUCCACUGAUGAGGAGCGUCUGUCCGAAUCAAAGGAUGCCUUCGGUGAGUGACCCGCCCUCACCUCACGACUCAGGGUCUGCCUGGGUCACAUCCAGGAGACUGACGCUCAUCCGGCUGUGACUGUUCUCCUGUUAACCUGCAGAGGGCGAGCUUUCAUUGGUUAACAGCAGAUAUUCACAACUGUGAUUGGGGGGGGCUGUCUGUCUCCAAUAAUCUGAAGUCAGGCCCGUUAUCAGUAAACGUCUGUUGCACACGUCCUCCUGGUCUCUUCAACAUUGGCAUGUUAUUGAUAUUUAAUUGUGCAUCACUGUUGUGUGAAAUUGUGGUUCUGCUUGUCUCAUUGCAGAGAAGAUGAUCAGCAGUGAGGCAUUAGAAGGCGUCCCUCUCCUCGUGCUCGCCAACAAGCAGGAUGUCCCGGUAUGAACAUCAUCUGUUUGAUUGAACCCUGACUCUCCUCAUUCCUUCAAAGGUCUUCAGUUAACUCUGGAUCCAUGAGAUGAUUAUUUUGACCUGCUGUGUGUUUGCUCUCUCCUCAGAACUGUCUGUCUGUGCCCGACAUUAAAACGGCGUUCAGUGACUCCGCCCCCAAAAUUGGAAAGAGGGACUGUCUGGUACAGCCAUGCACAGCGCUAACAGGGUGAGACUGAGCUUCCUGAUCAUCAAAUCCACCCUCACAGCAUUAGUCUCUGAUUUCUGAUCAGGUCCAGAUUUUGAUCAUAAAACAUGUCUUAAUGGUAGAGCCCAUCCCUGAGCUACAGAGGCCCUGAAGGGUCAGCAGCUUAAAGCACUGAAUGACCAGGAAAACAUUAAGACUGCAAGGAAAAAAAACAUUUAAAGAAAGACAGAAAAUUUUCAAAAAUGUUUCAUGAAACAAAAACAGAUUUUGAAAGAAUUAAAAAGAAAAUACUCUUGUGCUUCAAGAUGAAUUUUUGCAUCUUGUGAAAUGUUUUGCAAUUUUAAUUUGUUUCUGAGUUUCAAAAAAAUAUUCUUUUUUUCUGUCUCCUUCAGACCUUCUCAGACCCUCUGAGGCUCUUUUAGACUCCCUUAGGCCUUCUCAGACUCUCUGAGACUUGUUUCAGACUCUCUCUCAGACCCUCUAAGACUCUCUGAAACCCUUGCAGACCUUCUCAAACUCCUUCAGACCCUCUGAGACUCUCUGAAACCCAUUUAGACUCUCUCUGACAAUCUGAAACUCAUUCAGACUCACUCCGAACUUCUCAGACCUUCUCAGACUUCCUCAGACCCUCUGAAACCCUUGCAGACCUUCUCAGACUCUCUCAGAUCCUCUGAGACUCUCUGAAACCCUUUUAGACUUUCUCAGACUCCCUCAGACCUUCUAAGAGUCUUAAAAACCCUUUCAGACUGUUUCAGACCCUCUAAGGCUCUCUUACAUCCUUUCAGACUCUCUGAGACCCUCUGAGAAUCUCUGAAACCCUUUCACACUGUCUCAUACUCCCUUAGAACCUCUGAGGCUUUCUGAAACCUUUCAGACUCUCUCUCACAGUCUGAAACUCUGUAAGACCCACUCAGACCUUCUUAGACUCCCUCAGACCCUCUGAGACUCUCUGAAACCCUUUCAGACUCUUUUAGACCUUCUGAGACUCUCUGAAACCCUUGCAGACCUUCUCAAUCUCCCUCAGACCCUCUGAGACUCUUUGAAAUCCUUUCAGACUCUCUUAGACCCUCUGAGACACUCUGAAACCCUUGCAGAAUCUUUCAGACUCCCUCAGAGCCUCGGAAGCUCUCUGAAACCCUUUCAGACUCUUUCAGACUCCCCAAGACCCUCUGAGACCCUGUAAAACCCUUUCAAACUCCCUCAGACCCUCUGAGACUCUCUGAAAUCCUUUUAGACUCUCUGAAACCCUUUCAGACUCUUUCAGACUCCCCCAGACCAUCUGAGACUCUCUGAAACCAUUUCAGUCUGUCUCAGACUCUCUCUCAGACCCUCUGAAACUCUCUGAAACCCAUUAAGACUCUCUCUGACAAUCUGAAACUCAUUCAGACUCACUCAGACCUUCUUAGACUCCCUCAGACCCCUAGAGACUCUCUUAAACCCUUUCAAACUUUCUCAGACUCCUUUCGACCCUCUGAGGCUUUCUGAAACCUUUCAGACUCUCUCUCACAGUCUGAAACUCUGUAAGACCCACUCAGACCUUCUUAGACUCCCUCAGACCCUCUGAGACUCUCUGAAACCCUUUCAGACUCUUUUAGACCCUCUGAGACUCUCUGAAACCCUUGCAGACCUUCUCAAUCUCCCUCAGACCCUCUGAGACUCUUUGAAAUCCUUUCAGACUCUCUUAGACCCUCUGAGACACUCUGAAACCCUUGCAGAAUCUUUCAGACUCCCUCAGAGCCUCGGAAGCUCUCUGAAACCCUUUCAGACUCUUUCAGACUCCCCAAGACCCUCUGAGACCCUGUAAAACCCUUUCAAACUCCCUCAGACCCUCUGAGACUCUCUGAAAUCCUUUUAGACUCUCUGAAACCCUUUCAGACUCUUUCAGACUCCCCCAGACCAUCUGAGACUCUCUGAAACCAUUUCAGUCUGUCUCAGACUCUCUCUCAGACCCUCUGAAACUCUCUGAAACCCAUUAAGACUCUCUCUGACAAUCUGAAACUCAUUCAGACUCACUCAGACCUUCUUAGACUCCCUCAGACCCCUAGAGACUCUCUUAAACCCUUUCAAACUUUCUCAGACUCCUUUCGACCCUCUGAGGCUUUCUGAAACCCAUUAAGACGUUCUCAGACUCCCGCAGACCCUCUGAGAGUCUCUGAAACUCUUUCAGACUGUCUCAGACUCCCCCAAUCCCUCUGAAACCCUUUCAGACUAUCUCUGACACUCUGAAACUCAUUAAGACUCACUUAGACCUUUUCAGACUCCCUCAGACCCUCUGAGACUCUCUGAAACCCUUUCAGUCUGUCUCAUACUCCCUUAGACCCUCUGAGGCUUUCUGAAACCCUUUCAGACUCUCUCUCACAGUCUGAAACUCUGUAAGACCCACUCAGACCUUCUCAGACUCCCUCAGACCCUCUGAGACUCUCUGAAAUCCUGUCAGACUCUCUCAGACCCUCUGAAACCCUUGCAGACCUUCUUAGACUCCCUCAGACCCUCUGAUACUCUCUGAAACCCUUUUAGACUUUCUCAGGCUCCCUCAGACCCUCUAAGACUCUUUAAAACCCUUUCAGACUGUUUCAGACCCUCUAAGGCUCUCUGACAUCCUUUCAGACUCCCUCAGACCCUCUGGGACACUCUGAAACCCUUUCAGACCUUCUCAGACUCCCCCAGACCCUCUGAGACUCUCUGAAACCCUUUCAGUCUGUCUCAGACUCUCUCUCAGACCCUCUGAAACUCUCUGAAACCCAUUAAGACUCUCUCUGACAAUCUGAAACUCAUUCAGACUCACUCAGACCUUCUUAGACUCCCUCAGACCCCUAGAGACUCUCUUAAACCCUUUCAAACUUUCUCAGACUCCUUUCGACCCUCUGAGGCUUUCUGAAACCCAUUCAGACGUUCUCAGACUUCCGCAGACCCUCUGAGAGUCUCUGAAAUGAUUUCAGACUGUCUCAGACUCCCCCAAUCCCUCUGAAACCCUUUCAGACUAUCUCUGACACUCUGAAACUUAUCAAGACUCACUCAGACCUUCUCAUACUCUCUCAGACCCUCAGAGACUCUCUAAAACCCUUUCGGACUCCCUCAGACCCUCUGAGACUCUCUAAAACCCUUUCAGACUCCAUCAGUCCCUCUGAGACUCUCUGAAACCCUUUCAGUCUGUCCCUGACACUCUGAAACUCAUUAAUACUCACUCAGACCUUCUCAGACUCCCCCAGACCCUCUGAGGCAUUCUGAAACCCUUUUAGACUCUCUCUGACACUCUGAAACUCUGUAAGUAUCACUCAGACCUUCUCAGACUCCCUUAGACCCUCUGAGACUCUCUGAAAUCCUUUCAUACACCUCAGACCCUCUGAAAUCCUUUCAGACACCUCAGACCCUCUGAGACUCUCUGAAACCCUUUCAGACUCUCUCUGAUGCUCUGAAACUCAUUAAGACUCCCUCAGACCUUCUCACACUCCCUCAGACCGUCUGAGACUCUCUGAAACCCUUUCAGACUGUCUCAGACUCCCUUAGACCCUCUGAGACUCUCUUAAACUUAUUUAGACUCACUCAGACCUUUCUAGACUCCCUCAGACCCCUAGAGACUCUCCAAACCCUUUCAGUCACUCUGAAAAUUUUGUAGACUAACUUAGACCUUCUUAGACUCCCUCAAACCCUCUGCGACUCACUUUGCCCUUUUUAGACUUCCUCAAACCCUUUUAGGCUCUCUGAAACCCUUUCAGACUCUUUUAGACUCCCUCCGACUCUGUGAGACUUACUCAGACCUUCCAGACUCCCUUCAGACCCUUUGAGGCUCUCAGAAAUCCUUUUAGACUUUCUCAGACCUUCUGAGACUCCCUCAGACCCUUUUGAGACUCUUUCAGACUCACUCAGAACUUUUUAGACUCCCUUAGCCUUUCUGAGACUCUUUCAGACUCCCUUAGACCCCCUGGGAUUAAUUCAAAAUCUCUAAGCUGCUCCAGUCCUGGUCCUCCUGACCCAUUUUGUCUGACUCCUGACUGUUUGACUCGCUUUUAUGUGACUCUGUGUCCUGAUGCAGGGAUGGAGUGAACGAAGGAAUCGAGUGGAUGGUGAAGUGUGUGGUCAGAAACAUCCACAGACCUCCUCGACAGAAGGACAUCACAUAGGAGGGGGGGCUGGACUCUGUUGGACUGCGUUGGACUGUGAGGACUGUGAGGACUGUGAGGACGUAUCCCUGUGCUCUGGUCUAGGAGACUCUGAACUGUUUAAUAUUUGCUCUCAGAGUUUUAUCACAGACUGUUUCUGUAAAACUGUCCGUCUGCUCUGAUUGGACAUCAACCUGGUCACCUUUCUCUCCUGUUUCCUGAGUGAGCUCCUCUGACGGGCUGUGAUCCAGGACAAACACUAAUCAGGGUUUUGGUUCUGGUUGAAGUUUCUCACAGAUAAGCUGAUGUGACUGUGAAACUCUGUGUGUUUAAGAUUUCACCCCAUCCUGAUCCUGCAGCUGAGCUGAACUGCCGCUGCACCUCCAAGCUUUGAACCUUGAACCCUGAAACAGAGUCAUGAUGGCGUCCCAGUGUGUCACUACAUGCAGCACACACACACACACACACUCCCUCCCUCCAUGCCUCCUCUGUUACUCCUUCUGGGGGAUGAUCAGAGGAGGAGUGACCUCACCCACCUUCACACCUCUCUGCAGACAUACAGGUCAUUGAUUUCCUGCCUUUAAACUCCGCUAUAACAUAGAUUUGGGUCUUUUUCUGAGUGUUAAGAUUUCUUGACUUUCCUGAAUGCAUCAGAAAUUAUGGCUCUGACCUCCAUCCAACAGACAUAUUCAGAGUUGUUUUGUGGUCUUCAGGACUGACCUGACAAAGCUGGAAUUUAACUCUCUACUGAUCUUCAUCAGGAUUUUAUUUCAGCCUAGUUUUGAAUCAUUCACAGCAAGUCAAUAAAAAGUAAUUUGGUUUAAAGUGCAGAGCUUGGCCUGUGUGUGACUUUUCUCAGUGAAGCAGAGGAACAGCUGUAAACAUCCUCGUUG